CCUGGAAUGGCCCUGGAGGGGCUGUCAGCGUACGUGUAUAAGGCGGCGGCUGAGGGCCGGGUGCUGACCCUGGCCGCUCUCCUUCUCAACCGGACCGAGUCCGAGAUCAGAACCCUCCUCGGCUCCGUCACCCAGCAUGGCGGACAGCGCUCCACUCCACUCAUCAUCAUCGCCGCCCGGAACGGCCACAGCAAGGUGGUCCGACUACUGCUGGAGCAUUACCGGGUGGACACCCAGCAGACCGGCACCGUGCGCUUUGACGGUUACGUCAUCGAUGGAGCGACCGCCCUCUGGUGCGCGGCUGGGGCCGGGCACUAUGAAGUCGUCAAGCUGUUGGUCGGCCACGGAGCGAAUGUCAAUCACACGACGGUAACUAACUCAACCCCGCUGCGGGCCGCCUGCUUUGACGGAAGACUAGACAUUGUCCGAUUCCUGGUGGAAAACCACGCAAACAUUAGUAUUGCCAACAAAUACGACAACACGUGCCUAAUGAUCGCUGCUUACAAGGGCCACACGGAUGUAGUCCGCUACCUUUUGGAGCAGAACGCCGACCCUAACGCCAGGGCUCAUUGCGGGGCCACAGCUUUGCACUUUGCCGCCGAAGCCGGACACUUGGACAUUGUGCGAGAGCUGGUGAAGUGGAAGGCGGCCAUGGUGGUCAAUGGACACGGGAUGACGCCUUUGAAGGUGGCGGCGGAAAGUUGUAAGGCCGAAGUAGUGGAGCUGCUUCUUGCACAUUCUGAUUGUGAUCUCAAAAGCCGAGUGGAGGCCCUCGAGCUGCUGGGGGCCUCCUUUGCCAACGACCGAGAGAACUAUAAUAUCACCAAGACUUAUCAGUACCUGUACCUGGCCAUGCUGGAACGUUUCCGAGAUCCUGACAACAUCUUCCACAAGGAAGUCCUUCCUCCUGUUCCGGCCUACAGCAUGAGAACUGAAUGUCGCACCCCACGGGAGUUGGACGCCAUACGCCAUGAUGCGGAUGCAUUGCACAUGGAAGGGCUUAUUGUACGCGAACGAAUACUUGGCUCCGAUAAUAUCGACGUGUCGCACCCGAUCAUCUAUCGCGGCGCGGUGUACGCCGAUAACAUGGAGUUCGAGCAGUGCAUUAAGCUCUGGCUGCACGCACUACAGCUGCGUCAGAAAGGCAACCGCAACACGCAUAAGGACUUGCUAAGGUUCGCUCAGGUCUUCUCCCAGAUGAUCCACCUAAACGAACCGGUGAAGGCGCCCGACGUGGAGAGCGUGUUGAGAUGUAGCGUCCUGGAGAUCGAACGCGGGAUGACUCGGAUUCAGCACCCACAGGAGCCCGACGCUCACUCCGCACUGGAAAACCACGAAUGCAACCUUUGCACUUUCCUCUACCUCGUCUGCAUCUCCACCAAGACCCAGUGCGCCGAAGAAGAGCAAUCCCGCAUCAACAAGCAGAUCUACCGGCUGGUGCACCUCGACCCCCGCACCCGGGAAGGAAACAGCCUCCUGCACCUAGCCGUGGACUGCAGCACGCCCGUGGACGACUUUCACACUAACGACGUUUGCAGCUUCCCCAGCGCCCCCGUGGCCAAGCUGCUCAUAGACUGCGGGGCGAAUGUAAACGCCACAGACAAUGCGGGGAACACCCCGCUGCAUCUGAUUGUACAGUACAACCGUCCCAUCAGCGACUUUCUCACGUUGCAUUCGAUUAUUAUCGGCUUGGCCGAGGCCGGUGCUCACACGGACAUGACCAAUAAGGAGAAGAAAACCCCGCUGGACAGGAGCACGACGGGCGUGGCCGAGAUCCUACUAAAGACGCAGAUGAAGCUCAGCCUGAAGUGCCUGGCCGCUCGAGCCGUGCGUUUUCACAAAAAAUUAAAUACCAGAAUCAGAUCCCCAAAACACUCGAGGAGUUUGUGGAGUUUCAUUAAUAGAGGAGAUCCGCUUUUUAUUAUGUGCAUGUCCAUUCUUUCCAGGGUCCAUUACUGA